CGGGCCGCGGACCGGAAGCAGUCGGCGCCGGGGCUUUCUGGGAAACGGGGCUGGCGAGCGGCGUUCCUGCGUCGGCCGCGGACAGCGCAGCGGCGGCGGUGCCCGGCCCGGAGGUUUGCGCCGGGAGUCCCUAAGAAGAUAACAGGAUAGUUCACUGAGCCAGUAUCUGUCCUUGGCUUUCUUUUUUUGAACUACUAUAUAUCAGGAUGUCUGCACAGUCAGGGGAAGAAGAUUCAAUACUUAUCAUCCCCACUCCAGAUGAAGAGGAGAAAAUCCUGCGAGUAAAGUUGGAGGAAGAUCCUGAUGUAGAAGAGGGAUCAAGUGUUCCCUGGAACCAUCUCCCUGAGCCAGAAGUGUUUCGGCAGCGGUUCCGGCAGUUUGGAUACCAGGAUUCACCUGGGCCACGGGAAGCUGUGAGCCAGCUACGAGAACUCUGCCGUCUAUGGCUCCGGCCAGAGAGACACACAAAAGAACAAAUUUUGGAGUUGGUAGUACUGGAGCAGUUUGUUGCCAUCCUACCCAAGGAGUUGCAGACUUGGGUUCGAGAGCAUCAUCCAGAGAAUGGAGAGGAAGCAGUGACAGUGCUGGAGGACUUAGAAAGUGAACUCGACGACCCCGGACAGCCGGUUUCUCUCCGUCGACGAAAACGGGAAGUUCUAGUAGAGGAAAUCGUUUCUCAGGAAGAAGCUCAGGGAUUACCAAAUUCUGAGCUUGAUGCUGUGGAAAACCAGCUCAAGUGGGCAUCCUGGGAGCUCCACUCCCUGCGGCACUGUGAGGAUGAUGCUAGGACUGAAAAUGGAGCACUAGCUCCAAAACAAGAGAUUUCUUCAGCCGUAGAAUCUCAGGAAGUUCCUGGCACACUCAAUAUAGAUGUUCCUCAAAUUUUCAAAUAUGGAGAAGCAUGUUUCCCCAAGGGCAGGUUUGAAAGAAAGAGAAAUCCUUCUCGAAAGAAACAGCACAUAUGUGAUGAAUGUGGAAAACACUUCAGCCAGGGUUCUGCCCUUAUUCUUCAUCAAAGGAUCCACAGUGGGGAGAAACCCUAUGGAUGUGUUGAAUGUGGAAAAGCGUUCAGCAGAAGUUCCAUUCUUGUACAGCACCAGAGAGUCCACACUGGAGAAAAACCUUACAAAUGCCUUGAAUGUGGAAAAGCCUUUAGCCAGAAUUCUGGGCUUAUUAAUCACCAGAGAAUCCAUACUGGGGAGAAACCUUACGAAUGUGUUCAAUGUGGGAAAUCUUAUAGUCAGAGCUCAAAUCUUUUUAGACAUCAGCGAAGACACAAUGCAGAAAAACUUCUGAAUGUUGUGAAAGUUUAAAAAAUUACAAAAGUAAUCAGCGCUCAGGUCUUUUUCUUCAGAAAUGAAGACAAAAUUAAAAACAAAGAUGAUUCAUAAUUUUGUUUCCCUAUAGACUGCUAGAAAAUUCACUGGGAAAUGUAAAAAAAUGUCACUGAUCAUUAUUUUGUCAUGAAAGAAAUGGUGUCAUACCUUAGAAUUGAAAUUUUCAACUUAAUUCAGGUAUUAAUACCUAAAUCUUCUUUGUGAUAUUUGUAUUACUUUUUCCAAAUAAUGAACUACCUAAUUCUUUGUCCCUUUCUUAAAAGUUUCCUUUUUAGACAGAUAUUUCUGUGUUGAGCAUUGAAAUGUUCUUUGUAAGGAUAUAUUCCCUUUUACAUUAAAAGGCAAAUUAGAAAUUAUAUUGAAUGAAAAUCUGAAACCAUCUUUUCAAAAUGUCCCCUUCUGUUUCCUCUUAUCUAAUUUGAGAAUGUAUUUCAGAAAAUUGAAGAUGCAGGAUAACUAAAAGCCUCAAAGUAAAAUGAGCCUUAAAACUCAAAUACAAAGUGAUAUAGAUUAAAUAUCUACCACUGAAUGGGAUACCUAGAUUGGGGAAGAUAUACCAAUAUUUUGGCUCAAAGAAUUGAAGUAUAUCAAGAAUUUACCUAAUUAUCUGCCUACAGGAAACUCUGAAAUAGCUCAUCUUAUGUUAUUUGGAGACAUCUCUUACUGAAAAUAAUGCUCUUUUCAUUAGAAAGUGGACAGUCUAACAAGUCUAAAUCUGUAGUAGAAAUUGACUAUGUCAUUAGAGAAUAAUUUGUAGUGAAAGAUCACUGAUACAGGGCAAGUGUAAGCAUAAGAAUAAUGGUCCUGGCUUUUAGGAAACAAAAAAAUUAUUAUUUGCUUUCAUUUUUGUUAAAGACAGAAAAAUCCAUGAAAGGUGGGCAACAAAUAAUCAGGUUUGCAGUUUUAUUCUUUGGUACAAAAGGGUUGAACACCGGGCUAACAAAGCAGUCAUGCACUUAUUGUUAAAACUUUUUUAUACCGAUAAAGGCACUGUGCUUGGUACUGUAACCCUACCAUUAAGUAGGUAGGUAUUUCUUCCACUGUAAAUCAUUGGGUUGACACAUAACCAUUUAUGUAUCAGCCUUUUCCCCCCUGUCAGAGCAUCCUGGGGGAGGUCACCUCUGAGGUUCCCAGAGCCAUAGUUCUCUUACCAGGGUGUUGUAGUUGGGGAAAGGAAGACUCAGUUUAGAGAGCUAGCCAGAUAGCUCGCCAGUAUUCAGAGGUGAGUCUGAGAUACUCUCACACUUUGGAGGUAUGUGGGUCUUAAAAAAAAAAAAAACUAAUCAAUAUCUAGUAGCAUUGACAUUAUACUUACAUGUUACGUUGAAUGGAUUGUUCUAUUUUUUAAAAACUAGUUUAUUAUCAGAAUUGAUUCAGCUAUUUUUUAUUUUCAGUUUUAACAAUUAAAAAUGUAUAAAAGGUAAUACAUUAUAGUAGUAGAAUUAUAUACUCCUUGGCCAAGAAUCCCAAGUACUGUGGUUUGCCUAUUUGGUGGAAAACUCUGGAAGUUACAAUGUAGACUAUGAGAAAAGACUCCCAUAGCAGUAUCAUUGGAAAUAUUUCUGAGUUCCAGAGAUUUUGGUUACAUCAGGUGCUUGGAUCAAAUUAAAAAAUGGAAGGUGAGAUUUGCAUGAGCCUCUUAAAAAGCAUAGUAAUAAAUGCAAGGCCAGCUGGUGGAGAAGUGAGGCAGUACGGAGCUUGUUCAUAGGUUUUCUGAUAACAUUAUAAGAAAUGUGCUUUAUAGAUUAAGAUUUAUUGAAGUAUAAUAUGUAGUAAUGUUAUAAUGUAUUUUAAGUUAUACAAGAAAAUGUAGGGACUUUUGUUUAGGUAUUUUCUCUUUAUGGCUAAGAGGAAACAAGUUACUGUCCAAUAAAAGCUAUAAACACCUUUACUCUAAGAUAAAAUGACCUUGAGUUGAUUGAUUUAUUUAUAACUGACUUCCUUCCAUGUAGGCUUUGAGGUGGCAUAUUUGAAAUAACUGCUAGGAUGACAGUUCUUUAUGUCAGAGUAGGUAAGAGGGGGUCGCCUCUUGGUGGCUAGAAUUUCAUGCUUUUUAGAUCUUGUAUCUUCCUGUAUACAAAGCUUUCCCAAGGUGUAGAUUUGUUAUAAAUGCCAAAGAUUUUUGGUAUAAGAGCUUAAAAAAAGUAGCAUUGGUGUUGGCAGAUAAAAGUGUUUAUCUUGUCAGCUCCAAUUAUACCUACUUGUUCAUUGUUUAGAAUGGAUUCUGAAGCUCAGGCAAGGAUUUGUGGGGAAAAUGGACUGGACCCAAAAAGAUUGAUGGUACACAGGAAGUCUGUGUGCUAAUCUCUGGUAGACUAAGCCCCCACUAGGCAAAUUAAAUAAAUUUAAAGUAAUUUUAAAUGGUUGUUUUGAAAGACUUUCAGUUGUACCUACAGAGAUAAUCAUUGUGAUUUUGGGGAGUGCCUGGCUUCUGAUUAGCAAAAGAGCAGUCACUGUUCAUAGUACACAAGCAGUAUUUGUCCAGUAGACUUUGAUUUUGCUUAUUGCUAAAUUUUCUGGCUCUUUUGGAGGUUCAACGCUCCACAUUCACACCCAGGUAUUUGGCUCUUGAUUGUUUAGUAGCAAUAUGUCUUACCACUUUUACAUACGUUGAAGGGAGGGUUUUGCGUGUUUGGAAUAAUCUGCAUGCCAGAUACUGUAUUAGACACUAAACCUGUCCUUCCUUAGGUUUGUAGACUAACAGUACGAUUCAGAGAUUGUGUGAUUUGCAUGAGGCCAAUUAACUAAACCUCAAAUCUAGUUCUGUGAACUCCUGGGACCUUUUUUUUCACUAUAUGAAUGAUGACCGUUAAACCUUGAUUAGUCAGUUUUAUGCUUUUGUCUUUUAUAAUUACAUUUGAGUUUUCUACAGUACAGAAACAGAAAAUGAAAAAAGAACAUUCCGUUUCUCAUAGUCUUACUCAAUAAUUAUUUGGUUUCUUCUUCUUCCAGACCUAGGUAUGUAUGUAUUUAAGUGAAAAUGUGUUAAUAGUUAACACUUGUGGUCACAGUAUACAGACACUGAGGCUCUUUACCAUGGAUUAACUCCAAAUCCUUGUAGUGACCACGUGAGGUAGGUACACAUUCCCACUUUAGAUAUACUACAUUGAAAGUUUUCUCCCCUUCCUCCCACUUUGAUACACAUUGUUUUUCAUGGCUACUUACAUGACUACAUCCAUUGCAUGAAUAUACUGUCAUUUAUUCAGCACUUAGAGUGGAAAAUUUGUUUGGGGGGGUCUUUUUAAACAUAUAUAUAAAAAGUUUAUAGGUAGAAUUCUUGUACAUAUAUUUAGCUUCCAGUGUGGGAAUUUCUAUAGGCUAAAUUGAUAGAUGUAUGUCUAUUGGGUCAGAGAAUGAGCACAUUUAACUUUGUGGGAAAUAGCAUCAAAAGGAUUGUUACAAUUCCAUCAACAGAGUGCCUGUUUGCUUACACUCCCACCAACAUUGAGUGCUACCACUCAUAGUUUUGGCCCUUUUUCUUUCACUAAUAAAACAUUUUUUCAUGUUUUGCCACUUGAUUUUCCUGUGGUAAGAAUCUGCCCAGAUUUAAAGAGUAUGAAGCUAUAAGACCUUGUACAAAACUCAAAUAUAGAAGAGCAAAACGGCCCAAGAGGCCCUGCGGUGUUUCCAGUCACAUUCCUCUGUCCACAGUUUAAUAGCCACCUUCUAUACAUUUCUUUGUGAACCUACAUGCACAUAUCAAUGCUGUUUUCAAACAAAUGGGAUCAUCUGCUUUCUUUAGGGUUUUGGUUUUUUUUUUUUUUUUAAAUUGGUCUCAAAAACAUUUUGUGAUCUUUAAAUUUCCUUAAUGGUAGAAUAGGAUUCAAUACUAUGAAUAGACUUUUGAUCCAUUCUCUUACAUUGCCAAGUAAGCUUGAGUUUUUUUUCCCCAUCAUUGUGCAUGUGUAUUUCUUUAGGAUGGAGUCAUGUAAGUUAAGUGGAUUGUUGAAUCAAAGCAUGGGCUCUUUGAUACUUAAUUUGCUUCCAAGGGCAUUCAUUCCUAACUUAUUUUCACCAACUAUAUGCAAAGUGCUCAUUUUCCCAUAUAGCCUUACCUACACUCGAUAGUUUUUAUCUGAAGUACAAAAAUGUUUUUAUUUCGCAUUUCUCUGAUUAAUGGUGAGGUUGAGAUUAUAUUUAUUGGCCAUUUAUAGUUUUACUAUGGAUUGUUCAUAUCCUGUACCUGCGUUAGGUGUGGGUAUGUAUUGUUUCUGUCUUUCCCCAUCUUCUGAUAACAGAACCCUUAUUUAUUGUGGGGAACUGAUUCCCUGUGGAUUAGGUGAAUUCAUGACCAGGCCUGGCCUUCCUGAGUUCCACAGCACCCUUGCCACAGUGAUUGAAGAAUGGGCAUGUAACUGAAGCCAGACUAAAGAGCCUUCAACAGAACUACUGCAACUAUUGGAAAAAGGCUCUACGGAGUGUCCAUGAACUAAGAACUAUGUAACCCUGAACCUGCACUUGGUGCAAAGAGACUGAGGAACAUCUCAGGCUAGCAUAAAGAAAAGAGAACUAAGUUCAGAUGUCAUUUUUCUGGAGGCCCUAGAUCCAGCUGUGCCUAAAGCCUGCCCUACCUCUGGACUUUAAAGUUUUGUGAGCCAAUAAAGUCCCUUUCUUGUUUAAAAUAAUUGAAUUGGGUUUCUGUCCUGAUUAAUGUUAUUUGUAUUUUCUUAUUGAUUUGUAGAAAACCUUUGUAAUUAUAAAUUCUAGACAUAUACUUUAUGCGCUAUAUAGGUUUAAUAAAAUUAGCAUGGCCAUUCAUGGUUUUGGCCUCUGUCAA